AUGGUGCAUGUUGCCGCCGGGCCUAUCCCGAAGGAUUACUUUGGAUUUGCGCUCUUCGUUACAAUCCUCUGCUGCCUACCAUUUGGUGUUGUUGGCCUCGUCAAAUCAAGCGAGGUGAAGAAUCGUGCGGCAGGAGGAGAUUAUAGCGGAGCAACCAUCUCGUCAUCUGAGGCUCGACGCUGGUCAUGGGCUGGCUGUAUUAUCGGAGGGAUUACGUGGGGUAUUGCUCUCAUUGUGACGUGUGUCUACAUAGGUCUUGCUGUAGCUGCCUGUAACGCUGGAGAUUGCUAUAAUUACUAAACAUGGGAGGGGCUACAGAAUGGCGAUCGCCCUGAAUGAUUUCCAGUUGAAAGAUAAGAAGAAAACAGAAAGGAACAGACAAUUUUUGAAAUAGAUAAAUUACCCAUCAAUUUAAUGGCAUUUCUUUAAUUGCUAUUUUUGAACCAAUAACCAGACUCGCAUUUUAAUAAAAAAUAGAUUUAUCACAUUUUGUCUAUUCAUGAUUAUUUUUACCUUUACGUCAUUACCAUGAAACUAAACAUAGAAGAAGAAUACCUCGGAAAGAAGGCAUUUGUUAAAAACACACACACACACACAAACAAAAAAGAAGAGCGAGGGUCCAUAGAGGGGGGGGGGGGGUCCCUUCACCCCUGUGGAUCCGGUACUGGUAACAUAAAGUGAUAGGCUUUAUUCUACAUGAUUGA